AUGGCAAAUCGUAUUCAAAUCCCAGCAGCCUUGCGCAACCACGUUCUGGCGGCCAAUAACCCAAUCAUGCAGCAACAGACGAUCGGAUUACCACCCAAUCCUGAGCGAAUGCUGACGGUGAAACUAUUCGUCAAUGCGAUAUUGGCUGACGAAGGGACAAGGAGAGAGAGAGUCCAUGUUGGUCGAAAUGAACCUCAAGCACAACAACCUCCGGCAGCACCCGCAGCUGGACCAGCAGAUGCCGACGAUGGAUUAGCAGUGGUACAACAAGCUAUACAGCGGAUCGAAGCUACAGUAAAUGGGCAGGUUCAAGCUUUGGAUAGAGUGGUACAAAGAUUGGAUGAGUUGACAGCCGUAGUAAAAUCGAAUCAAAUCUUUUCCAGUCUUAAUCUACCGCUAGUACCUACACCGGUUGCAGGACGGGAUUUCCCCGAAGGUUUACCUCGAGCAGUUCAGAGAUUAACGAGUUGGACAGACGUUCAAGAGCUUACCUUGCAGCAAGUUAACAUAUGGCUACGUUUUAAAAAUACAGAACCGGAAGUGGCAUGGACAGAGGCUCAGAGGAAAUCAAUUCUCUUUCGUCUUCUAGGAGGAACUAACUAUUUCUAG